UCCGGAUGCUGUGCCCCUCAGCCCAAUGACACAGACUGCUCUAAUACAGAGGGCAUCUGUCCGCUGACAUGUGAAGCCAUGGACCUGGCCUGCUACCUCAUCGACAGCAAUGCUUUCAUAAUCAUCUCCAAAGAAAAAAGCCAUGUGGGGAGGUUCUUUGGAGAAGUUGACGGCUCAGUGAUGGCACGCCUUAUCAAGAUGGCCAUGUUCAAAAGGGUAUCUCUGUACGACUAUCAGGCCAUGUGUAAGAUGGGAGGACAUUCUGCCAGCAGCGCCAGACCCCUUCUUAGUCCCUUCUAUGGUCUCUCUUCUGCUCUAAAGUGGUUCCUCACCAACUUCCUACUCCUUCCCUGUGUGAGAGAGAUCAGAGGUCUUGGCUGCUGGUUUUUACUGGAGUUCAACAUCUGUGGUCUCUGGCACUCUGACCGCUUUGCUGAAGCCAAGCCUGGCUUCAAAGCGUCGGCCCAGAAGAAGAAGGGAGACAUCCUGCAGCCGUGUGACACAGAGUACCCCAGCUUUGUCUACGAGCCCUCCAUCAAGGAGACCAACAGCCUCAUUAAGUGUGGACGCUGUCAGAAGAUGUUUGUAACCCAGGCUGUCCCUGACAGUAACCUGCUGAUGUUGGUGGUACAGGCAGACUGUGACUGUUCCCGUCAGUACCCUGCUAUCACCAUGGAACCCAAGGAAGUGAAAUAUAACGCCUCAGUAAAGUGUGACAGGAUGAAAUCUCAGAAGGUCCGUAGGAGACCCGAGUCCUGCCACGCCUAUCACCCUCAGGAAAACGCCAAGGAGUGUGGAGAUGCAUCGCAGAUCUACCUGUCUGUCUCUCUCUUCCUCACCUGUCUCACUGCCUCCUUCACCUGUCUCAAGGCCUCCACGCUGGUCUUCCGAUGACAGAAAGACAGCUACCUAGCCUAAACCCCGCCCCCUCUGGAAAUCUCUCUAGAAUGUUCCAGAAUGCCUGAUCUUAGCAUGCCUGCUACUGCUUGCGUUAUCUUUAUCAAUCAAUAUGACUAUAUGGCUAAAAUUAUGAUAUUGAUCAUUUUGGCUGAUGGACUGAGAGGAAUAAGCUGUUGACUGACUCCAUGUUUGAUGACUUUAUAAUCACAGAGAGCUGUUGACUGACUCCAUGUUUGAUGACUUUAUAAUCACAGAGAGCUGUUGACUGACUCCAUGUUUGAUGACUUUAUAAUCACAGAGAGCUGUUGACUGACUCCAUGUUUGAUGACUUUAUAAUCACAGAGAGCUGUUGACUGACUCCAUGUUUGAUGACUUUAUAAUCACAGAGAGCUGUUGACUGACUCCAUGUUUGAUGACUUUAUAAUCACAGAGAGCUGUUGACUGACUCCAUGUUUGAUGACUUUAUAAUCACAGAGAGCUGUUGACUGACUCCAUGUUUGAUGACUUUACAAUCACAGAGAGCUGUUGACUGACUCCAUGUUUGAUGACUUUAUAAUCACAGAGAGCUGUUGACUGACUCCAUGUUUGAUGACUUUAUAAUCACAGAGAGCUGUUGACUGACUCCAUGUUUGAUGACUUUAUAAUCACAGAGAGCUGUUGACUGACUCCAUGUUUGAUGACUUUAUAAUCACAGAGAGCUGUUGACUUCAGAUGCUUGAUGACUUUCAAACACCAAAGUUGUGCUUCUUUGGACAACCGUUCUAAAACCAUGAAAGGGCUUUUUGGUUUCUUCGUCUUCUUCAGUGUCUGAUAAGAGAACAUUAUAGUGUUUCUAUGCAAAAGGAAACAUGCUUUAUUUGACCGUGGAAAGAUCCAGUAUCUCCAAUAUUAUUCCAAAGGACUUGACUUUGGAAUAAGACCAUGGAAGACUCUCAGUCUGUGGAUGAUGUGUUUUAUAAAUGGUUUUGAUGAAAUAAUACUCUGGAUUCAUGCAUGUGUUGUCUGUUUACCUAAAGCCAUGAAAUGGAGGAAGAACCUUGGAUGAGGCAGAGGCAUCUUUGAACAGUGAUACAAUUCAGAUAGUAGAAUCAGUGACCCCUGCUGGUUGGAAUAUGACAUUGCAGGAUGGUGAUGACUCACCUGGAGGCUGGCUGCUGAAGGAUGGAUGAACACAAUGGACUCAACUUCCACAUUGUUCUGUUCAUAACUCAUCAGUCUUUGGUCUACGCACCACAAACACAUCAACUAUCUACUAUUACAUGUGGGCUGGGUUUUCACUGUUGGAAAUGGAUGGACUGUUUCAGGAAAAACCUUCAAGUCACUUAUCAUAUAUGCAAUCUAAGACUUACUAAACCAGUUGACUUAGUUGGCUGACUGCAACACAAGAACCAUUACUGACCACCUACUUCUGUGAUGGACUACUAGGUGGAACAGCCAUUCUGUUAGAAGGAACAACGUUACAAUGUGAUGGACUACUAGGUGGAACAGCCAUUCUGUUAGAAGGAACAACAUUACAAUGUGAUGGACUACUAGGUGGAACAGCCAUUCUGUUAGAAGGAACAACGUUACAAUGUGAUGGACUACUAGGUGGAACAGCCAUUCUGUUAGAAGGAACAACGUUACAAUGUGAUGGACUACUAGGUGGAACAGCCAUUCUGUUAGAAGGAACAACGUUACAAUGUGAUGGACUACUAGGUGGAACAACCAUUCUGUUAGAAGGAACAACGUUACAAUGUGAUGGACUACUAGGUGGAACAACCAUUCUGUUAGAAGGAACAACGUUACAAUGUGAUGGACUACUAGGUGAAACAACCAUUCUGUUAGAAGGAACAACGUUACAAUGUGAUGGACUACUAGGUGGAACAGCCAUUCUGUUAGAAGGAACAACGUUACAAUGUGAUGGACUACUAGGUGGAACAGCCAUUCUGUUAGAAGGAACAACGUUACAAUGUGAUGGACUACUAGGUGGAACAGCCAUUCUGUUAGAAGGAACAACGUUACAAUGUGA